GCGGAGGGGAGCUCCGCGGCUCCUGAGGGAAAGCGCUUCGCCGCCAUGUACUCGGCGCCCUCCUCUUCGCCGCCGCCGCCGCCGCCGCUCCUCUCGCCCCCCCGGCGGGAUUUCAUCUCGGUCACGCUCAGCGGCGGCGAGUUUCAGGCGGCGGGCGGCGGCGGCGGCUACAACAACAGCAAGGCCUGGCGGAGGCGUUCCUGCUGGCGGAAAUGGAAGCAGCUGUCCCGCCUUCAGCGGAGCAUCAUCCUCUUCCUCUUUGCCUUUCUGGUUGUCUGUGGAAUCAAGACGUAUGCAAAUGUGGCUGACCCAUGGAAAAGUGCAACCAGCAGAUCUUUGGAGGAACAGAAAGCUGAUCUGGAGAUCCCUGGGUUGAAUCCAGCAAAUCAGGCGAUUCUCCCAAUACCCCAGAAAGCCGAUGCCGGUCUCAGGGACUUUUCACCUCAAAAACCUCCAAAACAGAUCCCUGCCCGACGUGGGCCUCCGAAUCUGCAGAUCAGGCCGCCUUGGAGGGAGACAGAGGCCAAGUCCCAGGAGCAGGCCGUUGGAGGGGAGGGACAACCUGGCCAGGCAGGUCAGGCGCAUAAUGUGGAGAAGCCGAUCGUUAGUUGGCGAGGAGCUGCGAUCGAGCCCAGCCAGGGCCCCGAGCAGCCUUCCAAGAAAAUUAAUGAUCCGGGCAGGCCUUCUCCCGUGGUGUCCGAAGACCAGAAAGAGCCAGUGCCCCUCAAUGAGCGCCAGCUGGCUGUGAUUGAAGCCUUCCACCACGCGUGGAAAGGUUACAAGGAGUUUGCCUGGGGCCAUGAUGAGCUCAAGCCCAUCUCCAAGUCCUUCAACGAAUGGUUCGGCCUUGGACUGACGCUCAUCGAUGCGCUGGACACCAUGUGGAUCUUGGGCCUAAAGGAAGAGUUCAAAGAGGCAAGAGACUGGAUUGCCACAGAGCUGAACUUCAACAAAAACGUGGACGUCAACCUUUUUGAGAGCGCCAUUCGUAUCCUCGGGGGCCUGCUGAGCACUUACCACUUGUCUGGGGACAGCCUCUUCCUGGAAAAGGCUAAAGACAUCGGGAGCAGGCUCAUGCCGGCCUUCAACACUCCUUCCAAGAUCCCCUUUUCAGAUGUCAACAUCGGGCGGGGCACGGCCCACCCCCCGCGCUGGACUUCCGACAGCACUGUGGCCGAAGUGACCAGCAUCCAGCUGGAAUUCAGGGAGCUCUCGCGCCUGACAGGCGAAGAGAAAUUUAAGAAUGCUGUGGAUGGGGUGAUGAAACACGUCCACUCCCUUCCUGGCAAGAAUGAUGGCCUGGUGCCCAUGUUUAUCAAUACCAACAGUGGGCAGUUCACACAUCUCGGGGUCUACACCCUUGGGGCUCGAGCAGACAGCUACUACGAAUACCUGCUCAAGCAGUGGAUUCAGGGAGGGAAGAAGGAAAACAAGCUCUUGGAAGACUAUGUGAAGGGGGUUGAGGGGGUGAAGAUGCACCUGCUUCGGAAAUCCCAGCCAAGAAGGCUGACUUUCGUUGGCGAGCUCGCUCACGGUCGCUUCAGUGCGAAGAUGGAUCACCUGGUCUGCUUCUUGCCUGGAGCCCUGGCCCUUGGCGCUCACAACGGGCUCCCGGCAGAUCACAUGACCCUGGCGGUGGAGCUGGCAGAAACCUGCUACCAGAUGUAUGCGCAGGUAGAGACCGGCCUGAGCCCCGAAAUCGUCCACUUCAACAUGCAUGCGCAAAAGGACCGGAAGGAUGUGGAGAUUAAGACUGCGGACAGACACAACCUCCUGCGUCCCGAGACCGUGGAGAGCCUCUUCUACCUGUAUCGGUUCACCGGCGAUAAGAAGUACCAGGACUGGGGCUGGGAAAUCUUGCAGAGCUUCAACAAACACACCCGGGUCCCGACCGGCGGCUACACAUCCAUCGACAACGUCCAGAACCCCAGCCAUCCGGAGCCGAGAGACAAGAUGGAGAGCUUUUUCCUGGGUGAAACCCUCAAGUACCUUUUCCUGCUCUUCUCGGACGAUGUGAACUUGAUCAACCUCGACAAGUAUGUCUUCAACACGGAGGCCCACCCCCUCCCCAUCUGGCCAUCGGCAUAAACGAAAGCCGGGGCGUCUGCCGUUUCCAGGUUCGAUCGCGUCCCGAUCACGGGGGACCUGAAGGAGGGAGGUGUGUUGAAGGCUGUGAGCUGUGUUGCUGGGGAAGGGAGCCUCCCGAAGGAAUUGUACAUGAGGGAAGGUGGAUCUUUGGCCUGGAAUCACGCCCCCCCCCCAAAUACGGGCACCCAAGCCGGGAAUGGGAAAGCGGUUCCCUGCAGUGCUGGAUCCUGCUUGGCACAAGUGAGAUGCUGGGGAGACCAGGGCUUGCUUUCAGCCAGGGAGCUCCUCAGCUAGCAAAAGAGGGGGCUCCUCUGAAGGGCCCAGCAUUAUUCUGUUGUCUCCGUACCACGUCUCUGCAGGAAAGUGCAGCCUUGUCCCAGGUGUUCGUGCAGCUUGUCACUGUGGUGGUGACUUCCCAGGAUCAUUCCAAGGCCCCAAGGGGGUGGGGGGUGCUGGCGAAAGGAAAAUGCUCCCCUCUAAAACGGUGUUCGCUACUGACCUUGACCUCCUGAUUCUGAAAGGGCACUUUGAAUAAUCAGGUGGAACUUGCGCCCUGCUGUGAGCUGGGGAGAAGCUAGAUGCUAGUUUUGGCCCGGUGAUAUAUAUAUAUAUUUUUCUUAACUUAUCUGCAGCAACGCAGGGUGAAAACGUGAAAAUUUACAUUAUAAACAAAACAAAAACAGAAGGCUAUCUAUGUAGGACUGUAUAUACGUGUAGUAUGAAUAACGUUUUGGCUCAGGUAUUCUACUGAAGACUGCUUCCGGAGGGGAGGGGGAGCCGGAUGGACGCGUGGGCUCCUCUUCUGGCUUGCAGCCCACCCCCGAGCCGGCCGCUGACCUUUACUCGGCAAGCAAAUGGGCGGCGCCCUCUGUGAUUUGGCCCGAGGGCAAGGGAGCAGCGGGAUCCACUUCCCCAGAGCGAGUUGCGCCUGCCAGGAGAUCCAUUAGCAGGAUUUCUGCGACGAGAACCCCUAGGAAUGCAGGCUUAAAACCAACCAAUCUACGCUCUGCAGCUUUUUAAAUCCUGUGCACAGAGGAAGCAGCUCACUCAAGGUGCAGACCCAGAUAUAUUUAUACCGAAACACGGAACGAAGGCUCAUCGGCUCCUCUUUACGCUUUCAUUGUGGUCUUGCUGCCUGCCUGCGACUCAAUACGAGGGCAACUCGCGAGAAUUUUUUUUCCUCUGGUGUAGGCAGGUGCUACCCUUUAAUCCAGCCAUGAGUCUGCCUGCCUCCCCCAUCUCUUUGCCCAUUGCCAGGUGCAUUCCUUUUGAGUUUCCAUUUUCCUCCCUCUCUCCGACUGCUCAAUUUCAGCACUUUAAAGGAGGGGCAGAAAGAAGAUUUAUGAGACAAUCCACCCCAGUUUUGGUGGGACUGACUUUUUCCUUAUUCAAGUCCCCUCUGGGGACUUCCCAGACGACCCCCUUCACGCUUCCUGCAGCAGCAGCGUGGUGUUGCUGCUACCUGGUUACAGUUGCUGUUGGGGCUGGAGCAAGCGGCUGGGGGAGGAUGGGGAGGCAGACUGGCACCAUCCCUCUUGGGGAGGAGGGGAGCCACGUGAGUUCCUGGCACUGCCAGAGCUGCUGCGGGGAAAAUUCUGGCCUGAUUGUUGUCUGCAAAAAUGGUUCCAGGGGGACCUGUAAUCCGCUGAGUUUCUUCUUUUUGUAUGUUGCGUGUGACCCAAAAUGCAUGGUUUCCAAGACUGGGGGGUUUGGAGUUACCCUAUAGAUGGGACAAUGCAGUGACCAAUCAAGAAAAUGAUCAUUCAAAUCUCUUGGCGGCAUUUCUCGAACUCGGUUCCCUCCUCCCUGCAGUAUGGCCUCAUGUUGCAACGCUGCUUGCCUUUAGGAUGGCGAGAAUAAAAUGAAGUGCUCAACACUUGAAGCACAAUAUCAUAGGAAGGAGUAUUUUUCUCCCAAUCUUCUUACUGUAACUGUGGCCUUUCAGAGGGUCACACCAUCUCCAACCUCUCCUAAAUCAAGUCGGUGUUUUGCUUGCUGUUUUGGCCACAAAGUGCCAACUGAAUGAUGAUUGGGGGUGGGGGGAGCAGCAGUCGUGGUUUUGGAGGGUGCUUGCACAGCACUGGUGCGUAGUUUUCUGUCCCCCGUUUAAACAGACCCCGGAAUUUAAAAGCCAUACUCUAAAAACCCAGUUUUGGGAGGCUGACACUUUACUUUGAACUGGUGCCUUCUGUAUUCAAGGGGGGAGAUAGAAAGGUUGGGAUGGUCAAGUACCAAAGGGUGAGGAUUUCUCCCAGCCAACAAAGCACACACAGGCUGGGCUGCAGGACCCCCCCCCCGCCCCCAAACUUGCAAUUAUCCAACUCUUUUUCAAACAGGUUGCCCAAUAUGCUUGUUUCUUGGAUCCUUCUCAGAGUUAGAUGCAGAAUGCCACCCCCCGGUGCUGAAUGCUUUUUUUUUUUUUUUUUAAACUGGUGUACAGCCCUGAAUUCCCACUUGCCUCAUGUUCUUCAUGAUGGCUGAAAGGUCCUCCUGCUCUUGGAGAUUUCAGGAGAAAUUCACUUCAGGAAAACUUAGCUCAGUUUUCAUGUUUGUUUUGCACAGCCAAGUCUGAACACAUUCCUCAUGUAGUUUUUCCACAGCCUUACCUUAAGGCUGCCUGUUAUCAUGGCCAGUUCUUCCUCCCGCAUCUUAAGAGCAGAAGAUGAGCAUCUUAGCCUCCCUUCUCUACCAAAAGACUGGUCGGGCACAAUCGGGCAGUUUGCUGCAAAUGGACUGGAAGUCAGGCCUGGUUUAUGGCUGCCAAACUCGGUAGAGAGGCUCGGUGUUGUCAGGAGCGCCAUAUGUGCUCCCAUCAUUUCCUCUGCAUAAUUACUUUUGAACUGCCUUUUCCCCCCCCCCCCGAGAAAAGACAUACUGCUGAAGCCUUGUUACUGUGUGAUCUGGUCCAAGGUAUUUGUAAAGUAGAAUUUAUUCGUUUGUGAACAUGCGAACAGUUUUAAGUGCGCCUCACCUUUUUGCAGAGGUGGGAGAAACCUCUUUGAAAUGGAACAGAAUCCUACGUGCUGUUAGUUGGGAAGUUAAUCUGCAGAAUUCUACUCCACCUUAAUAAACUUGUAAUUUAUUUUGA